UCCUGAUUGUCCAUCGCUAGUUUAGAGCUGAAAGGAGAACUCUGUCAAGACUUUCUCAGGAUCUGGAAUGUAAUCUCAUCAGUUUUAAGCUCAGGUUCUGUUGUUGACUUUAAAUACCAACCGACUCACAUUUAGAACAAACUCAGUGCUGGAUCCUCAGAAUAAACCCUGAAAUGUCUCCUGGACCUGCGUCACUCUGCUGGACUUUCCUCCUGUUUGUCGGCGCCUUCGUGUUUGUCUCUGCAGACCAGAAAAUCAUCACAGCUGAGUCUGGACAGGACGUCACUCUGCCAUGUCGAGCUCCAAACAACAACAACAACAACAACAACAAAAUCAUAGUUGCAGAGUGGACCAGAGUUGACUUGGAGCCUGGAUAUGUGCUUUUGUACAGAUACGAUCAGUUUGCUCCAGCCAACCAGCAUCCAUCCUUUAAGAACCGGGUGGAUCUGCAGGACAGACAGAUGAAGGAUGGAGACGUGUCUGUGAUUCUGAAGGAUGUGACGACUGAUGAUGAGGGAACAUACGAGUGUCAUUUCUUCAUGGAGGGAGCACGCUCAUGGGAGCUCAGCAGCAUCUACCUGAGUGUUCAUCCUCCAAAGCAGAUAAUCAUCACAGCUGAGUCUGGACAGAGAGUCAGUCUGCCAUGUCGAGCUCCAAACAACAACAUCAUAUCUGUAGAGUGGACCCAACCUGACCUGGGAGACAAAUAUGUCCUUUUGUAUCAAGAUGAGAAUUUUGAUCCAGACUACCAGCAUCCAUCCUUCAAGAACCGGGUGGAUCUGCAGGACAGACAGAUGAAGGAUGGAGACGUGUCUUUGGUUCUGAUGAACGUGAAAGCUGCUGAUGCUGGAACAUACGAGUGUCGCGUCUUCAUGGCAGAAACUCGCUCAUGGGAGCGCAGCAUGGUCUACCUGAGAGUUGAUCCUCCAGAGCAGAAAAACAUCCCAGCUGAGUUUGGACAGGACGUCACUCUGCCAUGUCGAGCUCCAAUCUACAACUACAACAGGGGUGUGGAGUGGAGCAGAGCUGACCUGGAGCCUGGGUUUGUCCUUUUUUACCGGGAUGGGCAGUUUGAUCUAGAUAACCAGCAUCCGUCCUUUAAGGACCGAGUGGAGCUGCAGGACCGACAGAUGAAGGAUGGAGACGUGUCUUUGGUUCUGAAGGAUGUGACGAAUAACGAUGCCGGAACAUACGAGUGUCGCGUCUUCAUGACAGGAACAAACCGCAGGAAGAGAUCUGCUGACCCCAUCAACAUCAUCAACCUGAGUGUUGGUCCUCCAGGUCCAUCAGGAGGACACACAGAGGGUGGAGCUGUUGGACUGGCAGCUCUUCCUGUGGUUGCUGUUGUUCUUGCUGUUGUUGUUGGCUUUGUGAUCUACAAGAAAACCAGAAAAAACCAAAUAAAAUCAUUUUCAGAGUCAGAUGAUGGGACAGAAAUGAACUCUCCUGAACAUCCAGCAGAGGGAAAACAUCAGAAUUAGAUUUUAUUGCUCAUUUGAAACAUGAAUGAACUUCUGUCCGGUAACAUCAGAAUCACUGAGUGUCUUCCUGCUUUAUCUUCAGGGCCAGCAGCAGCUUGUAGUCCAGGCUCGGCCUUAUUCAGUGAGGGUUUAAGCACACAAGCUACAGAUCAGUUAUUACAGUGUAAGUACACACACUGACUCACCUGACAACACAAACACUGAGUGUAGAUGAAGUUUGUGGAUUAAAGAUGACCAGUUCAGGAUCAAUACGUCUGAAUGAUGUUUGGCUCCAUUUCAGAUGUAUGAAGAUUGUUUAAGUGUCUAAAACAUGUGAGUAUAACACACUGGGAACAGCAUUUGUUUAACAACCUUCUCUUUGGUUGAUGUUGGUUCAUCUUUUUGAGUUACAGAGUCUGAAUAAUCUGUUAUGAAGCUGCAGACUCAGAGAUUUCUGUCCCUCUGAUUCAGAACCGUGAAGCCUUCAAACUGCUUUUAUGGAUCUGUUAGUGUUUCAGUGAAACUAAUAA